GCUAACCAAAAGGGUCGGCAGUUGGAAUCCACCAGCCGCUCCCUAUAGGGCACUUCUACUCUGUCUUGUAAGGUCGCUGUGAGCUGGAAUCGACUCGACGGCAACUGGGUAGAAUACCUGGUAUUUGUUAGGUAGAGGUGGGGCUGGAGGGGCGUGGAGACCGAGGGGAGGCCGGAUUCCCUGACAUUCGGGGGCGGGACUACGGAGGGGGGUGGGGCAUGGGAGCCUGGAGCCGGGUUAGAGAAACCCAAACUCUCUGUAGGACUGCUAGGCUACUGGACACUACCAUCCUGAGUGAUGUGGCCUGAGUGACUGGCUGGGAGGCGGGCAAGACCUGAGCCUUGGAGGCUGGAGGCCGCGGGCGUGGCCAAAGUGAGGGACCAGCCAGCGGGGCAGGGAUGGGACCUUAGGGUAGGGGUUGGGGCCUCAGUGUCUGAACAGCGACUGUUUGAGGUUGUGGGGAAAAGGGCGUGAGCGUCGAGAGUUAGCGGGACAGGAGUGCGGGACAGCGGCUAAGACUUGAGUGGAUCUUGGAGGAUAGGAGCUGGGCCGGUGCUUACGGGUAGGGUCAAGUUCAGCCAGCCUCUAGGGCUCCGCACUGCUUGGGCACACUGACUUGUGAAGUUCUCUGACCACAGUCCCCGAGCCCCGUCAGAAAUGGGGAACGUGCAGUCGGAGCCGUCCGCAGGCGGGGGCUCCCGAAAACAGCAGGCCUCGGACCGCGCCUCCGACUCCCGCCGGACGUCCCUGGCGGAGCCCGAGGUGACCCCCUCCUCCCCGGCCAUGCGCCUGGCUCGCGGGCUGGGCGUAUGGCUUCCUGGCAGCUCCGCACCCCCGGGACUCCUGGUACCCCCGGAGCCCCAGACCUCACCCUCGCCCCUGCCCCUGACCUUAGAACUACCCUCGCCAGUGACGCCCCCUCCAGAGGAGGUGGCUGCAGCCGCGGUCUCCACACCACCCCCGCCCCCCGUGGGGACUCUGCUGCCCGCGCCGUCUAAGUGGCGAAAACCCACGGGUACUCCAGUGCCCCGGAUCCGCGGCCUGCUGGAGGCGAGCCAUCGCGGCCAGGGCGACCCUCCGAGCCUCCGCCCCCUGCCGCCGCGGCCCCGGCAACUAACCAAAAAGGAUCCCACCCCAGCCCCGAGUGCCCCAGCCCGGUCUCCACCGCCCUUGGAGCCGGGGAAGCCGCCACCACCGCCACCUUCCGACCGGCAGCCCCCUGACCGCGGAAUUACUCCCGCUGUUGCCGCACCCGCCGCGACCCCCACAGAAAGCCAAGCCGGCUGCGAGAGCCGGACGGCUGGCGGGGCCCGCGGAGGGGCGCCUCCUGAAGCGGGCGGGGGAGAAAUGGCCCGGCCCGUGUCCUCCGAGCCCGGGCUGAGCCUGCUAUGUAAAGUCACCUUCAAGUCGGGACCCUCUUUGCCCUUUGCGGCUGCCUCGGGUUCAUUAGGGGCCAAAGCCUCUCUCCGGGGCGGCAGAGGGGGAGGACUCUUCUCCGCCACCUCUGGCGCCAUCUCUUACGCUGAGGUCCUGAAGCAGGGGCCCCUAGCUCCCAGGGCCGCUCGCCCCUCCGGAGAAGCCCCUCGGGGGUCUCAGGAAGCCGAGGGAGGUGAUGGAGACCGCGAGGGGUGUUCCGGUCUGCCUUCAGCGCCUGCGUCCCACGCCCGGGCCCUACCGCCGCCACCUUACACCACCUUCCCGGGCUCCAAACCCAAAUUCGACUGGAUGAGCCCGCCCGAUGGCCCUGAACGCCACUUCCGCUUCAAUGGGGCUGGCGGUGGUGUCGGGCCGCUCCGACGGCGCGCGGCAGCGCUCUCGGGGCCCUGGGGCUCUCCGCCGCCGCCGCCGCCGCUGGGGCAGACACACCCAGCUCCCGGGUCCCGGAGGCCCGCACCUGCGCUGCUGGCGCCGCCUAUGUUCAUCUUCCCAGCGCCCACCAACGGCGAGCCCGGGCGCACCGGGCCUCCCGGACCGCAGGAGUUGCCGCGGCCGCCAGCGCCCACGCCGCCACCCACGCCGCCACCUACGCCGCCGUCCACACCGCAGCCGCCGGCACUCCAGCCAACACCGCUACCUGUGGCGCUCCCGCCCACCCCAGGCCCAGGCCCUGUAGAGUCGGCCACGGCUCCCGCCCAGACCCCUUCUCCGCCCUCGGCUUUGGCCGCCGAUCAGGCUCCGGCUCCGGCUCCCGCUCCGGCUCCGGCCCCGGCCCCGGCUCCGGCUCCGGCUCCAGCCCCGGCCCCGGCCCCGGCCCCAUCCCCAUCCCCGGCUCCAGCUCCCACCGCCGCGGAGCCGUCGUCGCCAGUGCCUGCGCCUGUCAAGGCCCGUACGCGCAGGAACAGGGGCCCCCGCGCAGCCCGGGCUGCGACCCGUGAGGAUGGUGCGCCUGGAGACGGUCCUCGUGAGCGCACCGUGGUCAACAGGACUGACGGCGGUGGAGCGGGUGCUGGCGGCGGCGGGGCUCAUCCGGCGGGGGCGGCUAAUUCGGCCGCUGCGCGCCACUGGCCGCCCUUCCAGGUGCUUAACUCUUGUCCCUGCAAGUGUUACUGCCGCCACCAACCACGCCAUCGCCGCCUGCCACGAAACGUGUCUGCCUGGCUGAGCACACCCACCAACCACCUGAGCGAGCCGCCCUGGGUGGCCACCAUCAAGCUGGCUGGCUCCCUGGUAGCAGGGCUGGACCACUAUGACCUGCAGGCCACCCAUUCCAACUGAGUGGCCAGUUCACUGCCCUCCGCUCUCCACUCCCACCAAUAAACGGAUCCAGAUGACUAGCUGCCUGUCAGUCACCUGCUGAGGGUUAAGGGUAGGGUGAGGGGUCAGGCAGAGGUCUCCAUGAAAGCACCAGGUCUGGGAGAGAGAGGCUGGACCCAGAGCAGCAACAGCCAAGAUUCCCUUCAUCCGGCAUCCAAACUGAUGGGCCCGGGCGUAUGGUGGUCUCAUUCCCCUUAAUCCGUUGAGCCCCAUUUCAGAGCAGACUGGUGCCAAGCUCAGGGGUCCAGCACAAGCCACUCUGGAA